AUGCCCUCAUACUCAAUCGUCUGGCUCAUGAGCUUGGCCUUUGCUGCCACUGCCUCUGCCGGGCCCUGCGACAUAUACGCCGACGGAAACACCCCUUGUGUUGCCGCACACAGCACGACCCGUGCUCUGUACAGCUCCUAUACUGGCAACCUCUAUACGGUAACACGAUCUGACGGGAAAACGGUGACGGUCAAACCGUUGUCUGCAGGCGGUGUGGCCAACGUAGGACCGCAAGACUCUCUCUGUGGCCCUGGAACUUUCUGCCAGAUCACCACGAUAUACGAUCAGUCUGGCCGUGGCAACCACCUUACUCCAGCACCUCCCGGUGGCGAAGCAUCGGGCGCUGGUCCCAACGGAUACGAUCUUCCUGCACGUGGCGCUACUGCUCCGGUGACUCUCAAUGGCCACAAGGCGUACGGCGUGAGAAUGGAUCCUGGAAUGGGAUACCGCAACGAUCGCACAAACGGAAUAGCGACUGGCGAUGCCCCGGAAGGCAUGUAUGCCGUCUUCGAUGGGACCCACUAUAACGGCGGCUGCUGCUUCGACUACGGCAACGCUGAACCGAGCGAUCUCGACACCGGCGCCGGCCACAUGGAAGCACUCUACUUCGGUGAUCGCACCGUCUCCGGGUCCGGUGCAGGAAGUAGUCCAUGGAUCAUGGCCGAUCUCGAAAACGGCAUCUACUCUGGCGCAAUCAGAGGCAAGAUCAACGCUGACCCAACGAUGAAUUCUCGCUUCGUGACAGCGGUCUUGAAAGGGGAGCAGAACCGCUGGUCUCUCCGUGGUGGAAACGCUGCGUCGGGCUCCUUAUCUACUUUCUACGAUGGGGCGAGGCCGAGUGGGUAUAACCCCAUGCACAAAGAGGGUGCUAUUGUUCUCGGGGUGGGGGGUGACAACAGUAAUGCCGGACAAGGCACGUUCUAUGAGGGUGUCAUGACUGCUGGAUAUCCGAAUGAUGUAACCGAGCAGAGUGUCCAGGCCAACAUUGUCGCUGCUCGGUAUGCAGCGUAG